AAUGCAAUGAUACCUUAAUAUGUAUAGACCAUGAUUAUAGAUAAUAAUGUGGUAAAUAAGUACUGUCACGUGAAAAGUGAUAACAGACAACAUUCUAUUUAAGAAAUGGCUAGAGAAAAAGACAAAUUGCCCUUACACAUUGGGCAGUUGCCCAGGUUCACAAGGGCUCUUUUGACAUACUCUAUUGGAUCAAUAGAUGAUAUGGAUCCAAUAAAUACGUGGAAUUAUAAUUUAGAUGUUAUUAAAGAACGGAUAACUGAAGAAGAAAAGCAGUUGCAAAAAACUCUUUCAUAUUCAGAAAUUUGUUCUGUUAUAAAUGAAUCUAAGAAUAAUAUUAUUUCAAAAAACCUUAAGACAUUAUAUGAAAUAGCUAAAGAGCUUUCAAAAGACGAACAACCUGAAAUAUUAAGUUCAGCGGUAUUAUUUUUUUUCAAGUUGUUAAUUGGUGUAUCUGGAUUGUUAAUGAAACAUAUUUUAGAGCUUAGAAGUAUGUUUGGAAAAGUGUCAAAUCAAAACGCUGAUCAAAUAUUUAAGUUGGUAAAAGAGAUAGAAAAUUUACUACAAGAAGAUAAUAUUCAAAAGAUCAAAAAUUUAUGGGAAAAAAUAGAUACAAAUAAAAAUAGGGAAAUAGAAAAAAAAACCAAUGAACAGAACAUAUCACUUGAUCAUUCAUUUUAUAAAUCAAGAUCAAAAUGGGUACCUCCUGAUUUUGGAAAAUUACCUACACCUAAUGUAGGGUUAAAGAGUGUUUUAAAUUCAUUUUCCAUGCGAUAUAAUGGAGAAGAAAAGAAACAUAUUAGUGCAACAAAUUUUGAUAAAACAUGGUUAAUAAGUCAAAUUUCAAAAACAUCAGUUAUAAACUUAGGUGUGUCUGAUGAAGAUUACUAUAAUAGCAUUACUGAAGCCCUUUCAUCACAAAAAUCUGAUACUGAGCUUCAGGAUGAACUGUUUAGCCUGCUCGGCUAUACAAGACUUACACUUAUAGAAACUCUUUUAAAACACAGAAAAGAUAUAAUAAAACAAUAUUUACCUACAAAUGAGAAGAAAAUGGGUGGGAUUUCCAAAGAUUUAAGAAUGGAUAAAAGAUCUAGACAUAUGGAAAUGAUUACAAUUGAAACAGAAGAAGAUAGACAGUUAAGAAAAGAAAUUAGAAAAGAGGAAAAAGCAUUGCAUAAAUUGAACCGCAAACAAGACGCAGAUUCUGAUGAUGAAUCUGUUAAGAUAGUCUCUAAGACUACUAGUGCACCAAAUGUUCCAAUGUAUAUUGACCCAAAGAGCCGUAAAGUACCACCGGCUGAAAAAUAUCCACAUGUUUAUGAUUUGAAUACAGAAUUAAAAGUGUCCAAUUGUUAUAUCAAUGGAGAAGCAUGUACUAUCCCUUUGGGAGCUAAAAGAACUGACUUCAAAACACACGAAGAGGUUUAUAUACCAGUAACAAAAUUAUCAGAAGAAUUAACUGUUGGAAAAAAUCUUAUUGCGAUUACAACAUUAGAUGAAGUUGGCCAAAAGACUUUUAGUGGUAUUACUAACCUUAAUAGAAUACAAUCUGUUGUAUUUGAUGCUGCAUAUAAUACUAAUGAAAAUCUUCUGGUAUGUGCCCCAACUGGAGCUGGUAAAACCAAUGUUGCUCUAUUGACUAUAGUACAUCAAAUUAAACAACAUAUUAGAAAUAACGAAAUUAAUAAGAAUGAAUUUAAAAUUGUUUAUGUUGCUCCAAUGAAAGCUUUAGCUGCUGAAAUGACAGCAAAUUUCUCUAAACGCCUUUCUACAUUAGGCAUAGCAGUUCGUGAAUUUACCGGUGAUAUGUCAUUAACUAAAACAGAAAUUACUAACACUCAAAUAUUAGUAACGACGCCUGAAAAAUGGGAUGUAGCUACUCGUAAAGGCUCUGGUGAUAUCGCAUUAACUAGUUUAGUAAAGUUACUAAUUAUUGAUGAAGUGCAUUUAUUGCAUGGCGACCGAGGUCCUGUUCUAGAAGCUCUUGUAGCUCGAACACUAAGACAAGUUGAGUCUUCUCAGAGCAUGAUUCGGAUUGUCGGAUUAUCAGCAACAUUACCAAACUACAAAGAUGUAGCUCGUUUUCUAAGGGUGAAUUUGCAUAAAGGAUUAUUUUACUUUGAUAGCCGUUUUCGUCCGGUGCCUCUAGUUCAGACAUUUAUUGGUGUUCGCGGAGGUAAAACUAUUAAAUUGCAACAAGAAAUGGAUUCAGUUUGCUAUGAAAAAGUUUACGAUAUGGUUCAAAAAGGUCAUCAAGUUAUGGUGUUUGUGCAUGCUCGUAAUGCUACUGUCAAGACAGCUAACGUAUUUAGAGAACUUGCAACCCAAAAGAAUCAUCAAACCGCUUUUUUGCCACAAGAUUCCAACAGAAUAGGGAUUGCCAAAAAAGCAUUUGAACGUUGCCAUUCCAAAGAACUCAGCGAAUUGUUGAACAGUGGAUUUUCUGUUCAUCAUGCAGGUCUUUUGAGAUCCGAUAGAAAUCUUGUGGAAAAAUAUUUUGCGGAAGGAGCUAUUAAAGUUUUAGUAUGUACAGCAACAUUAGCUUGGGGUGUGAAUCUUCCUGCUCAUGCAGUUAUCAUUAAAGGUACUGAGCUUUAUGAUUCCAAACAUGGAACAUUUGUAGACUUAGGUAUGCUUGAUGUAUUGCAAAUAUUUGGACGAGCUGGUCGUCCUCAAUUUGAUACUUCUGGACAUGGAAUGAUCAUCACUCCUCAUACUAAACUUCACAAAUAUUUAUCUUUACUUACAAAUCAGAUACCAAUUGAAAGUUGCUUUGUACAACAUCUUGUUAACAAUUUAAAUGCUGAAGUGGUUUUAGGAACAAUAUCAAAUGUUGAAGAAGCAGUUCUAUGGCUAAGCUAUACUUAUUUGUUUGUUAGAAUGCGUAUAAAUCCUCAUGUAUAUGGCAUAUCUCUUGAAGAAGUUGAAUUAGAUCCUAUGUUAGUUAACAAAAGGAAAGAGUUCAUUAUUAAUGCUGCAAUGUUGUUGGAUAAAGCACAAAUGUUACGUUACAAUCAAAGAACUGGAGAUCUCUCAUCAACUGAUAUGGGACGAACUGCUAGUCAUUUUUACAUUAGCUAUGAUAGUGUUGAAAUAUUUAAUCAAACACUGCGACCGUUUAUGAAUUUAUCGGAAAUUUUGAAUAUGAUUGCUAGUGCUAAAGAGUUUGAGCAACUUCAAGUUCGAGAUGAUGAAGUAAUUGAACUUGAGUCAUUAGGUCGUAAAUAUUGCCAAGUCGAAUGCACUGGAUCCGCUGUAAACGUGAAUGGAAAAGUUAACAUCUUGUUGCAAACUUACUUAGGCCGAGGCAGAGCUAAAGCAUUUUCAUUAAUAUCUGAUCUUGUUUAUAUUUCACAAAAUGCUACAAGAAUUGCACGAGCCUUAUUUGACAUGGUAUUGCGUCGUAAUAAUGCUAUGUUGACAUCCAAAUUAUUAGAAGUUAGUCAAAUGUUUGAGAUGAGACAAUGGGAUUUUGAAUCUGAACUUAGGCAGUUUUCAGAAAUUCUACCAUGGGAAAUAAUUGAUAAAAUUGAACAGAGAAGGCUAACGUUUAAUCGUAUAAGGGAAAUGGAUUCUAAAGAAUUGGGUAUUAUUUUGAGAAACCAAAAUGUAGGAGUAGCUGUGAAAAAAUGUGCCAUGCAACUGCCAUAUAUGGAAGCUACUGAAAACAUUCAACCCAUUACCAGAACUAUUUUAAAGAUAAAUCUUGAACUUUACCCUGACUUUGAGUGGAAUGAUAGAAUUCACGGAAAAACUUCUGUUGCAUUUUGGAUAUGGAUUGAAGAUCCAGAAACUGACCAAAUUUAUCACUGGGAACAGUUUUUAAUUUCAAAAAGACAGGUACUGAAAAAAGAAACACAAAAAUUAAUUUUUACAAUACCAUUAGUUGAACCACUACCGUCCCAGUACAUAUUACAUUGUACUUCAGAUAGAUGGUUGGGUACAACAUACACUAUACCUUUGACUUUUCAACAUCUUAUAUUGCCACAUAGUCACGCAUCAGUAACAGAUUUACUUGAACUACAGCCAUUACCAUUAGCUGCUCUUAAAAACGAGAAUUAUCAAAAUUUGUAUUCAUUUACACAUUUCAAUCCAAUUCAAACACAAAUAUUUCACUGUUUGUAUUAUACCGACAACAAUGUACUUUUAGGGGCACCUACUGGAUCUGGUAAAACCAUAGCUGCAGAAAUUGCAAUGUUUAGAGUUUUUAAUGAACAACCAGAAGCAAAAGUUGUGUACAUUGCUCCAUUAAAAGCACUUGUACGAGAGCGCAUGAUUGACUGGAAAGUAAGACUUGAGGAAAAAUUAAAGAAAUCUGUUGUAGAAUUAACAGGUGAUGUUACACCGGACAUUAGAGCUAUUACUAGUUCGUCAGUGAUAGUCACUACACCAGAAAAAUGGGAUGGUGUUUCGCGUAGCUGGCAAACUCGAAAUUAUGUACGCCAAGUGGCUUUAGUUGUUCUUGAUGAGGUUCAUUUAUUAGGUGAAGACCGAGGUCCUGUAUUAGAAAUUAUCAUUUCUCGUAUAAACUUCAUAUCUACACAUACGGGUCAACGUACUCGGAUUGUUGCCCUAACAACUGCAUUAUCAACGGCUGCUGAUCUAGCCUCAUGGCUACAUAUUGGUGAAAUGGGACUCUACAAUUUCCGUCCAUCUGUACGGCCAGUUCCACUUGAGGUGCAUAUUAGUGGUUACGCAGGAAGAAAUUAUUGUCCAAGAAUGGCGACCAUGAACAAGCCUAUUUAUCAAGCAAUUCGUCAACACUCUCCAACUCAACCUGUUAUGAUCUUUGUGUCAUCAAGAAGACAAACUAGAUUAACUGCACUAGAUCUUAUUGCAUAUUUGGGUGGUGAAGAUAACCCUAAACAAUGGGUUCGCAAAAGUGACCAUGAAAUGGAACAAAUUAUUGAUAAUAUCAAAGAUUCAAACUUAAAGCUUUGUCUUGCAUUUGGACUAGGUCUACAUCAUGCUGGGUUACAAGAUAAAGAUCGUAAAAUCGUUGAAGAUUUAUUUGUUAAUCAACAUAUUCAGGUUCUUAUUGCAACUUCAACGUUAGCUUGGGGAGUUAAUUUUCCUGCUCAUUUUGUAAUAGUUAAAGGAACUGAAUUUUAUGAUGGUAAACUAAAAAGGUACGUGGACAUGCCCAUAACAGAUGUAUUACAAAUGAUGGGUCGUGCUGGGCGACCUCAAUAUGACAAUAUGGGUAUUGCCCUUAUAAUGGUUCAUGAUAUAAAAAAAACAUUUUACAAGAAAUUUUUGUAUGAACCAUUCCCAGUAGAGUCAUCAUUAUUAGAUGUAUUGCCUGAUCAUUUUAAUGCGGAAAUAGUUGCUGGAACAAUAAAAACAAAACAAGAUGCUAUUGAAUAUCUGACUUGGACGUAUCUAAUUCAAAGGCUAAUGAAAAAUCCUGAAUAUUACGGACUACAUAGUUUAGAAGAAAGUUCCAUAAAUACCUUUCUUUCAGACUUGGUUGAACAAUGCAUUGGAACAUUGUAUUCAAGUUAUUGUUUAGAUAUUGAUGAGGAUCAACGUAGUGUUAAAUCAACACCAUUAGGUCAUAUAGCAUCCUAUUACUAUUUACAGCACAAAACUGUAAAAACAUUCCAUGAUAGAUUAAAAGGGGAACUUACUAUGGAGGAUUUAAUCAAAGUUUUAGUUGAUGCUGAAGAAUUCAGUCUAUUGCCCGUUAGACAUAAUGAAGAUCUAAUGAAUGCUGAACUAGAUAAGCAAUGUCCAUUGGAUAUUGAUGGUCGGCCAUUUGAAUGUUCACAUACAAAAACUUUAAUCUUACUCCAAGCUCAUUUUUCACAUUUAAAAAUGCCAUGUACAGAUUACAUAACUGACCUUAAAUCAGUUCUUGAUCAAUCUAUUCGUAUAUUACAAGCAAUGAUUGAUAUCUGUGCAGAAGCUGGUUACUUGGUAUUAUGUUUAAAAUUGAUACAGCUCAUGCAAAUGGUCAUACAAGCCCGGUGGGUGACAGAACCAUCUGUAAUUACAUUGCCUGGUGUGGAAAAACAUUUGAUACCAUCCCAUGUACUGCCAUCUCUUUGUUUACCUCAUUUGUGUAAAGUUGCUCUUAAAGGUUACAGUCAGUUUGCAGAAAUUAUGUUGCGAACCCAAUUAGAACCAGAUGAAAUUGACAAAAUUUAUAAAACAAUAAUUGAAAUGCCCGUUGUAAAUGUUAAAUUGUACAUACAAGGACUCUGGCCUGACAAUAGUGAAAUUCAAAAGAAACUAGUUGAGACUGGAAAACGAAUGGAAAUUAUAGCCAACUGUGAAUACACUUUAUUAGUUGAAAUGAAAAUGUUGAAUCGUUUGGUCCCAACAAAAGCACACGCACCAAAAUUUUCUAAAUCCAAAGAUGUGGGUUGGUUUAUGGUGCUUGGUUCAGCUGAAAAAUGGGAAUUGAUUGCUUUAAAAAGAAAUGCAAAUAAUCGUUAUAGAAACACCUCAAGUAGAUUAUCUUUCUGUACGCCCAAAAACCCAAGUUACAUUAAUUGGACAUUUUAUAUGAUGUCCGAUUGCUAUCUUGGUUUGGAUCAACAAUACGAAAUUGAACUUAAUGUGAUUGACCAAAAAUUAGUAACAUAAGUAUUAUUAUGUUACUAAGUUUUCAAUUGUUAUUACUUAUUAC